AGUUGCGCAGCCAUUUUGUUAGCUAGCUUAAGGUUAGAGGGGUUAGCUGCAGUUGUGCAGCUGCAAAUAUUAACUGUAGUCAGACGAAUCCGCACUUUAAAUUUAUCCGUUUAGGAACACCUUUAAAUGUUUUUAUUCACGUACAUUUUUCGGCCUGGUGCGUAAGUACCAGACGAGGUAUCGUGUAUUUGUUGACAGUAAACACAGAGCGAAACUGUGUGGUCAUUCAUUUUUCAAGCUGCCUUGAGUUUGCUAGCUUGUUAGCUAGCAAGCUAAGUAGUUCACGCGUGCAUUCAGGAGAGAAGACAAGAGACCGUUUCCAUGGCACCACGCUAUUAAGUGUUAGGGAGUCGUAGAGUAAGUUUAUGCUUUCGAUAAAGUUUGCCUGUUUGCGUGUGACUUCUGUUGCAUUUGAGUUGCGUCACCCUGUUAAACUUGAGCAAAGAUCGUCAUAACAAACUCGUGUGCAUCACUCCGGUGUUUACUGGUAACUUGAGAUCCUUCCGCUGAUUCCUGUCGGACCAGCGCUGAGCCAGUCGCCAUGUCAGAGCUGUACAUACGUGUGGCUGAGGAUGAGAGCGAAGAGCCCAUGGAGAUCCCUUCCGAGGACGAUGGGACUGUUCUGCUAUCAUCGGUAGCGGCUCAGUUUCCAGGGGCGUGCGGGCUGCGCUACAGGAACCCAGAAUCCCAGUGCAUGAGGGGGGUCAGGCUCGUGGAGGGGGUCCUACACGCUCCGGAGAAUGAAUGGGGAAACCUGGUUUAUGUUGUCAAUUAUCCCAAAGGUGAGACAGAUAACAAAAGAAAGAUGGAAGAAAUAGAUGCCGCCUCAGCUGUGAAAAUCAAAAGGGGCUUUCAGAAGACAUCAGAUCUCAUUGUUCUUGGGCUGCCUUGGAAAACAACAGAGCAAGAUCUGAAAGAUUAUUUUAGCACUUUUGGGGAAGUCAUCAUGGUGCAGGUCAAGAGAGAUGCAAAGACCGGCAACUCCAAAGGGUUUGGGUUUGUUCGGUUCAGUGACUAUGAGACGCAAACCAAAGUGAUUGCUCAGAGACACAUGAUUGAUGGACGAUGGUGUGAUUGCAAACUCCCCAAUUCAAAGGCGUGCCCAGAUGAGCCCAUGCGGAGCCGUAAAAUCUUCGUUGGCCGUUGCACAGAGGACAUGACGACUGAUGAACUAAGGCAGUACUUCAUGCAGUACGGAGAAGUCACUGAUGUCUUCAUCCCAAAACCUUUCCGGGCGUUUGCAUUUGUCACAUUUGCUGAUGACCAGGUGGCCCAGGCUCUGUGUGGAGAGGACUUGAUCAUCAAGGGCGUCAGUGUGCACAUCUCCAACGCUGAGCCCAAACACAAUAAUAGUAGGCAAAUGAUGGAUCGAGGGCGGUUUGGGGCUGGUGGGUUCAGUCAGGGCUAUGGCAGCAACCGCGGUGGGCUGGGCAGCGGUAGCGGUGGGGUUAACUUUGGAGCUCUUGGUCUAAACCCUGCGAUGGUGGCUGCUGCCCAGGCAGCGCUGCAGAGCAGUUGGGGAAUGAUGGGCAUGCUAGCUAACCAGCAGGGUCUGACCACAGCGACAGGCACGGCCACAACAACCCGAGACCAGACGUAUAGCUCUUCCAGCACCAGUUACAGCAGCCCCAGCUCAGCCAGCCUCGGCUGGGCUGCAGGCACUAACACAGCCUCCAGCGGUGGCUUCAGCUCUGGCUUUGGCAACUCUAUGGAGUCUAAGUCCUCUAGCUGGGGAAUGUAGUUAGCUGCAAGUUGACCUUUUCUGUUGCUAUUAGGUUAAUCUGGUAAGUAUUCUUACAGUGGAACUGCUUAUAUCCUCUGUUCCUAUAAUUUAAAGAAAACACUGCCUUUUAUUUUGUUGAAGAGGAAAUUUAUACUCGUGUGACUGAUUGUGGUCAUGCAUUGAGUGGGUGAAAUGUUUAGUUUUUUAGUGGAAACUGCCACACUCCCUAUUUUGAUUUUGAGAAAAUAUAAUGCAGAGAUGACUGUGCAUGCAAGAUAAAUAUUAAUGAACAUGCACGAGUAUCUCUAGUGCCCCUCAGCCCUCUGUAAAACGGGCUUGAUAUGAUAUGUGUUUAUGCAGUUGAUUGCAUCUUUUUGUUUUUGUUUCACAUCUUUUGAAAGCCUUCAUGAAAAUCUCUUCUGCAGUUCACCAACUCGUUCCCAAUUUCCCGGGAGGAAGCGCCUCAUUGGCUGCAAUGUUCGCCAGAUCACAAUAUCAAUUUCCCUCCUCCCAUGUGUAAAUGCUUUGUCAUCAAAGAGUACAGCUUCACUCUGCAUUUACUGUAUUAGACGGUGGGUGUCGUCUUUUUUUCCUCUCCUUUUUUUUUUUUAAUGGAUAUAGAAGUUGUGUCUGCUCUUGUCGCUUUUUCAAGAUCAAUGAGUGGGAUUGAUGUUGGACUGAGUGAGAGUGAGUGAACGAAGAACAAAGUGAAAGAACGGAAGUGUGCGAAGAACUGUUUGUGGAAACUUUUUAUAAGAGAAAAAAAGCCUGCGAGCGUUGAAGAACCUGUGGCGUUGUGCGAGUGUGAGAGGAAGAAGAACGUACGAGUGUGUCCCUACUGACCAUCACAAGGACAUUUGCUGCGUCUCUAGAUCCCUGUGGUCUCUGCUUCCUCUCAUUUUCUUUCAACUUUCAAACCGGUGAAAAGUCAAGUGCUAAGAGUAUUUGUAUUCUUUCAUAACUUUUUCUUGCUGUCUGAUUUGAUGUGAAUGCCGUGUCUGGUUGUGUCCUUUUUUUUUUCCUUGUUAUCACCCUCUCUGUGUGAAAAUGUGACUCUGUGAAGUCUUUGUGGGGAGGGGUGCAAACUACGAAAGUGUGUUGAAGUUUGCGAGCAAGCUCUGAGGUUGAUGUGAUGAAUGUUUGACGAGAUCCCAUUGAAAGUUUGUGUUUGAAGUGGUUACGAAUGCAUUUUCUAUGUUUGUGAAUCCAAGGGAAGUCUGAAUAAAACUGAAUUUGACUAGGUAUAAAAACAACUCUUGACAGUGGCUUAUUUUUAAACUUCACAUUAAUUGAACUGCCAACACUUUAAUUCACAUGUAUAGGGACCUGGGACACGGACAGCCAAGGUUUUCGUCUGAAUCCAGGUUGGAGUCAGUUAUGGAAGGGCUGGAGACAUUAUUUGAUGGGCCAACACAACAAACAAUGGAACGUCUGCCUUAAUCCUGAAAAGGUUCAUCUGCACCCUCACUAACAAGAACACUUGGACCAUCCUGUCAUGAAAUUUAAAGCUAACCAUGCUCAUUGGGUUUAUUACCUACAAACGUCACUUUAAGGGCCAGUGUCACCUCUGCAGUUUGACGGUGGUUGUCUUUCUCUAAACGUGUGAAACACAAAGCCUGCCUUAAAUAUGAAUAAUUUCUGUCAGUAGAUGCUCCAUUUUCCCCCAGAACAGUCACUGGAAACUCAUGGAAAUAUUAACCAAAAAGCGCCGUUUCAAUGUGAUCGAAAGCAUUUCAAAAGGCAGCUUGUGUUCUGUUGUAUUGUUUACUUUAAAUGUAAAGUGGUUUGAAUGUAUGAGCUAAAUGAAAUCCAAAGGCACUUGAAGAACAGACUGAACAUGCCAGCAACAAUUAAUAAUCAUGUAUUGAAAUAUUUUAGUAUUGCAGUUUAAAAUAAAAAGGUUUUGAGUUUUU